AUGGUUAGUGACUUUGUUUCAGAAGAUGAACUAAUUUAUCCAGAAGACAUGAAGGAUCUUAUAAAGCCAGUGAGGAAGGAAAGGACAAGGGCAUGUGCCAAUUGUACAUGCGGCAAGAAAGAGGCUAUUCUUAAGGAUACAUUAAAAGAAGAAGACUUCAAGCCUUUUGAGUCAAGUUGUGGUAACUGCAACCUUGGGGAUGCAUUCAGAUGCACUUCCUGCCCAUAUAAAGGUCUUCCUCCUUUUGUGGUCAAUUCAGCUGUAGAGUUCUCACCAGAUGAAAUAUAA